AUGGCGCAACCAACGCACGCACAGCCGGCCUUCUCGCCGCCGCCGCCGCAGCACAGUCCGUCACCAACGAUAUCACAAUCGGGCUUUGCGCCUCCGCCCAAACGUGUCCGCACCGAUGGUCCGCAGUCACAGCCCGACUCGCCAUACCCCAACUCGCCGUUCGCAAACAGCCCUCAGCUGGGCGCGACUCCACCACCAGGUGGUACAGGGUCGCCUGCGCCCGUGCAAAGCCCAGCGUUACAGGGUCAGCAAUCGCCCUACACAAACGGCGCAUCAACGCCCACACUUAGUCUACCGGAAGCACGACCAAGUCCCACGCCGCAGGUCACCACUCCCCAGCCCUUGAACCCGAUGGCAUCCCAGUAUACCACCGCUACGAUGGCGCCCUUGACGACACCAGCGCCGGCAACACAGCCGGGCAGCAUGGGUCCUCCUCAGCGGCCGGCCGACCGACCAGCGAAAGACUACGAAUACGAUGUGACGGACAGCUUGGCGGGGACGGGCAUCGACUUGCGAGCUGAAGAAGAUUUCAUGGCGAAUCUCUACGCCAAGCAAUAUGAACAAGAGGCUCAACAAGGGUUCGCGCAGCAUCCGGCUGGAUCAAAGUCGACGUUCUUCGGGGCCGGACCGGCCAACCAGCCUGCGGGACCUUCUGGGCAGACUGGUCAGGACAUAUUCGCAGCGCAGGCGGCAGAGAGAGCGUGGGCUGAGUCGGCUAGGCGUCUGGCCACGCAGCGAACGCAAGAGAUCAACGACCCUUUCUUGCUUGUCGCUCUGCUCCACAGGCGCGCAGACAAGAUCGCCCGGGAGCACCACUUGGAGCUCAUUGUGGAUAACAAGAACAACACACAGCCGAUGGGCAAGAUGAAGAUGCCGAAUGAGUUUCCCGAGCCAAAGGUCACGGUCAGCAUGAAACCCUCUGGGGAGGACCAGGCCAUGGUGGAAACUACAGGCUCCUUCAUACCGCACGACGCGCAUCUGGUGGACCAACUGGCUCUCAUGUCCAUUGCUACAAAGACGAGGCUGCGAGACUUGGUGGAAGAGGCUGGCAACGUUGCUGUGCACAGACAGAGCACGUCGCAUGGCGAGAUCCCGGCGGCCUGGGAGCCGGCCUCUGCGCCUCUGAACGUUGAAACUCCCGAGGCCAUGGACGUCGAUGGACUCAACGUGGACGGCAGUCCUGCCGCCGAUUCAGCUCUCAAACCGGACAGUAAUGCAUUGGAAAAUGGCGCUCCCGCGAAGAAGCUACCCAAGAUAUCCUCUUACCUGACGACGACAAUGCGUGAGUUGGCGAAGCAAGAGCGUCAGUGGGAAGAAGCACGGUUAAGGAGGCGCCAGCAACGUAAGGAUGGCACGGCAGAUGCGGCGGGCUCGCGUAGCGGUAGUGUCGCACCGGGCACCCCUGGCUCGAUAGCACCAGAAGAGAAGGCGCCGACUAAGAAGGAGGCCAAGAAAGCUCUGAAGGCGGCGGAGCCUCACGAUGCCAAUGCGCAGAACUCGACGAGCGCGACGUUCACGGCGAUACGAGGCAAGUCCCUAUUCGGCAAGAAAGCCAAGUCAUACGACUGGAUGACCAAGCCUGGUAUGGGCGGCGCCAGCACACCGGCAGCGAGGACACCUGGAGCCAAGCCCAGCGUUGGUGCUAGCCCAGCUGCCGUCGCGCUUACGACCGAGGGACGCAAUCGUCUGGGAACGUGGCGCGAGGACAAGGAAAAGGGCAAGAACAUACAGCUCCGGGACUGGGUUGCGGCGCUCGAAAGAGACGGCCGCGAAACGGCGGCUCUACAGCGAGCGUACAUUGACCUGGACCUAUCCACACCACGAUAG